CACUCGCACAAAGCAAAACGUCUAGUGUGGAAAAUCUCGGGAAAAUCCGAACAGAAGAAGGACCGAUAGGUGGAAAAUUAGCUCCCAGAAGAACAUCGUCUGCCAGCAAUAUUAUGGCUAAAGUUGCUUCAAAUUGUAAUGGUUUUUCAUUGAUUUGCUGCUAAAAGUGAUCCCGAGGAUAACAUCUUCAGCUGUGGAGUUGAAAACGUGAGCUAACCGCUAGAACCUUUGCAGAAUCGUCCAGUGAGAAGGGAAAAUUAGUCGAUUGCUUUCCCCACCCACCACCCACCGAAACCCGCAUUAGAGUCAAGGAUGCGUCCCAAGAAGAGCCGUUCACUGGAUAUGUCCUAGCCUAGCCUUCGGUGCACGAUUCACUGAGGAAGUGUGAUUGCUAAGCUUAUCGUCGACCACGCGUUUACGGAGAGAAAGUCAUGCCGGAACACUUGGAACUGCAACAGCUGGUGGGCGGCGUUCUGCAGAGCAGCGUCCGGCAUCGGUCGCUAAGCUGGCUGCAGUGCUCCUGUCCCUACUUGGGCAUUAUCCUGGCUACCAUUUCGUCGCUUUUCUUCUCGCUUUGCUCGGUGAUUGUGAAAGGGCUGGUGGACAUCAACCCCAUCGAACUGGCCACAUUCAGGUUCAUUGGUGUCCUGCUGCCGUCGAUUCCCAUUGCCAUCUACAAGGAGGAAUGCUUCUUCCCGCGCGGUAAGCGAAUCAUACUGGUGCUACGAUGUUUUGUCGGAACGACUGGCCUCAUGCUGAGCUUCUACGCCUUUCGCCAUAUGCCGCUGGCAGACGCUUCGGUAAUCAUAUUUUCCACACCGGUUUUCGUAGCGAUAUUCGCGAGGCUGUUCCUCCGGGAGCAGUGCGGAAUGUUCAAUGUGAUAACGAUACUGUUGACGCUGGUCGGGGUGGUGCUUAUUACCAGACCGCCCUUCUUUUUUCACCAAGAUUCGGCCAAUCUGGUCGAUGAACAGGUAAUAGAAACGAGCUAUGACGUAUGGGGACCGGUGGCGGCCCUGUCGUCCACUCUGUUCGGAGCUAACGCUUAUGUUCUGCUGCGUGCCCUCAAAGGGUUGCAUUUUUCCGUUAUAAUGACCAAUUUCGGAGCGUUUGCGUUGGUUUAUACGUUGAUUGUAUGCUAUUAUCUGGGAGCACUGUGCUGGCCCCUUUGUGGGUCGGAUCGAGUGCUGGUGAUAGCUCUGGCACUGUUCAGCUUUGGGGGUCAAAUUCUCCUCACGCUGGCCCUGCAAUACGAACAGGCUGGCCCUGUGGCGAUUGCUCGGUCAGCGGACAUCGUGUUUGCCUUCAUCUGGCAAAUCAUGUUCUUUAAGGAGACGCCCAACGUUUACUCGGUGCUGGGAGCACUGUUGGUGGUGAGUUCGGUUGUCCUGUCCGGACUCAGGAAGUGGGCCCUUGCGUUGCCCAGGGAUUCAGACUUGAGGAAAAGGUUAAAAUUUCUGUUUUUAGAGUAAGACUUGUACAAGCAUGAUUGUUCAAAGGAAAGCACUGUGUUGGAAGCCCCAUACUAGCCUCUAUUGUUUAACUAAUACUAAAUCACACUAGAACACUCACACACACGAUAAAUCAAACUAGAACGCUACCCAUUCGGAUAUGAAUACCUACUAUUAAAGCAAAAGAAUUUACUUCUAUCCAAUGAUAAGAUAUUAUGUUUUCAUCUUUAAACUAAGAAGGAAUGCAGUCGGGUACAGUAAGCAUAAUGCAAAAUAUAACGGAUUCCAUCAAUGGAAUGGAGUCCAGCCGAGGAAUUGUGAUUGUUUUCGAGGACUUAAGCAGGAAUCUGGGAAACAUAAUAGUAAGCAAAAAGUGUGAUGUUACAUUUCAUCGAAUCACUGGCGUGCUCAAUGGAAUGGAUAUUUAACUAACAUGUGGAAGAACGACUGGAUGAGUCCUAGUAGGAAUGACCAUUUGAUAUCAGCAGACAUACAAAACCAUGCGAGUCAAGAUAAUCGUGAUACAUUUGUUUUGUGUUGUUGCAUCGUUAUAAUUUGAUGCAAGGCAGCCACUUUAGUUUACCAUAUUUUAUGACUCGAGUAAGAAUCUAACAAAUUCCAAAACUUAAAAGGCCGUUUUCUUCCGAUUGGCCAUCAAAUGGAUAAAAUAAAGAGACGGACGUUUUUAUUUUUAAGGCUUAAUCCUAGACCGGUUACAGGUAUACUGUUUGCUGAUAGUGCAACUUUUAAUUUACAUAGUAUGUAAUGUUCGUUUCUACUGUCGUUCUCGACAGCAAACUGAAUUGGAUUUCACAUCUGUAGCAAGUAGUUGAAAAAGCUGAUGAAGAAAACGUUUCUAUGGAUCUAUACGGCAAUUUUGGGACCCAGAGAUACACAUGCACCAUUUGGUGACCAAAACCAAAUGGAAAGGUAGCUCAAAGAAGCAAGAAAAGCAUCAAAUAUUAGUUACCUUUAUAAUUACUAAUGCAAUGAGCAGUAAGUCAUAUGCAGCGCAAGAUACUUUACUUUAUCUACUUCCAAUGCAUCAAUAAGUUCAAUAAGAAGCUUCCUCUGGUACGCAUUUUCUCGAGGACCUAUUCCGGUAUUCCCUAUUUUGGCAGAUUGUUGCUGUAGACUUUCGUUCACUAUGAUGGUAGUGAAGAGCCUU